AUACAUGAAUGAAAUAAGUCUUAAAUUGUAAAUGUUUUCAUUGCUACCUGUGUAUAUUUGAUUAUCAUAAAGCUUCCAAAAGUGAUGGAGAUGCAAACACACAAACACUGGUCCUAUAGAGUUGAGAAGAAGCAGUGAAAAGCUUUAGGCUGGUUCCUGUAGGGGGAGCACAGUUUGACAAACACUGGAUUAGCCUCUGGCCAAUGGUGAUGCUCAGGAGAUUAUUCAAACAGCAUCUAAAAAAAGCUCUCCACUCCAUGCUACACUCACAGACGUGUGUGGAGUUGAGCUGCCUGUUGCAUGCCAUGACUUCUUUUUACUGGAUACUUCUCCUGUUAUCAGUGGCCAUGGCAUCUGCGGGAACACGCAGGUCCCAGCGGACAAAAAGAGGGUUACUGGAGUUGGCAGGAGCCAUCAAGUGUAGCACAGGGAGAUCUGCCUUGGCAUACAUGAUGUAUGGAUGCUACUGUGGACUGGGUGGUCAAGGCUGGCCCAGGGACAGGGCAGACUGGUGUUGCCACAGACACGAUUGCUGUUAUGGAGUUGCAGAACAUCAUGGCUGCCAAACUAAAACAGACCAGUAUCAGUGGACGUGUGAGGACAAGACAGCUGAGUGUGAUGAUUUGGAGGACAAAUGUGAAAAGCUGCUGUGCAAGUGCGACAGAGACGCUGCCAAAUGUUUGAGAAGAGCACCUUUCAUCCGGAAAUACGCCCUAUGGCCAGAUUUUCUCUGUGGUUACGAACAUCCAAUGUGUAAUAUUUACUGACACAAUAAAUGCAUCUGUCCUGUGUGCCUUUUUGUAAAUAAAACAUGUUACAGUAAUAAUAA